AUGCUGCGUCCUGCGACACCGCUGUCGGUGCUGCUUUUUGCAGCAUUCGCGUUGCUCUUGCUCUCCGUCCUGUCGACUCCCAUUAUCAACGUUAUCCCGCUGGGUAGCUGGAAUGGCGUCAACUUUGGGGUCUUCGGGUACUGCGACAGCAACGGUUGCACCCCUGUAGAGAUUGGCUAUGACGUUCGUCCUUUGUUUUCCAAUGACUUCGACCUCGACUCUGGGACGCGCUCAACCCUCUCGGCUCUUCUGGUCAUCCACCCGGUCGCCGCUUUCAUAACUCUUGUCAUGCUCGUUCUCGCCGUCAUUGCUCAUCUGCACAGCCCAUCCCACUCGGCUAGGUACCUGCUGCUGCUGUUCAUUGUGGGCAUCCUCAACUUCCUCCUCUGCCUCUUGAGCUUCCUCGUCGAUGUCCUGCUCUUCGUGCCCCACAUGGCCUGGGGUUCGUACGUUGUUCUAGCCGCUACCAUUCUGGUAGCUCUCAGCGGGUUGGUCUCUUGCGCGAUGCGAAGGACUAUUGUGAGCAGGAAGGCAAGGAAAAAGAGGAUUGCUGAGAACGCCGAGAUGAGCGGCGAGAAUUACUACAAUCGGCAGGCUCAGCAAGUUACCGCCCCGGUGACCUCGAGCACCCUACAGCCUACAGUUCCGAUGGUUAGCGGCGCCAAUGGGGGCGCCGACACUCUGCCCGAAUUUGCUUCUUUUGAAAAGAAAGACGACCGGAGCAGCGAUGAAAGGAUACCCCUUACCGCAAGGAGCCCAACAGACAGGUCGCCAGGCACCUUCACGAAUGACCAAACCACUCUGGUGAGCGACGCAUCUGGCCCAAGGAGCCCGACCGAUAUGGCGCCCCCACGCUCGAUGUCUACCACUCCAGGCUCUCGAGACCAGUACGGGAAUCCCUUGCCGCCUCAAGCUGGAUAUCCCAUGAGGCAACCAUCAUAUGAGCGGGUGAAUUCGCCGCCACGGGGCGGUAUGGGCUACCGUGGUCGUGGUGGAUACCCCGGGCCUGGUCGGGGCGGCUAUAACGGUUAUGGUCCCCCACCAGGAGGCCGAGGUGGAUAUGGUUCGCCAGUUCGCGGUGGAUAUGGCCCGCCCCCUGGAGGUAGAGGUGGUUAUGGCCCCCCUCCGCGAUGCUACGGCGGGCCUUCGAUUCGUGGCGGACGGCCGCCCCCACCGAACUAUCCAGGACCACAAGGUUCAUACGACAGAAGACCUUCAGCCCCAGGGCAGUACGGUCCAGGCCCGUACGGCGCCGGACAAGCAUCGCCUGGCCCACCAUCGGCUCCGGCCUAUGGGAACCAGUCCGUGUCCAACUUGUCUGCGGGAGGUUACGACGAACUUCCACGUGCGGAGUCCCCUCCGCCGCUUCCAGGGAUUGAUGAUUCCGUGCAUAUCGGACAAGCGAUGGAGAUGGAUGCCACAACGAGUAGCCCAGCACACUCUGCGCAAGGCUUCGGACAGUUUGGCAUUCGGGAUAGUGAUUCUGAUGUCGCAGGCAUGUUAGCUUUGCAGCAAGCGAGGAUGGGGGGUCGACACGACACGUACAUGAGUGAGACAAGCAGAUACAGCGAAGACGAAAAUACAUACGUACCGCCAAGGCAGGCAUGGAAUCAGGGACCAGGCAGGAACUCGCCUCAUGCGCCGUCACCUCUGAGCACCGCUGGCCCUGUCGCCGAGCUUCCGGAUCACAGGAGCCCGGUCCCUCAACAGCCGGUACCGCCACCUGGUGAGUACUAUGAAGAUGUCGAUCCCCGCUUCGCGGUGCCUCCUGCCGUCCCUAGGCCAGCCACGCCCCCCAUUCCGACGACGACUAACCCCUACGAGGAUAUUCCCCAAGGCUCGCGCAGUCCGGCAGAAUCUGAGCGUUCCGCGCUCACCUCGAUAUCCCAACGAGGCGUAAAUCCGCGUUGGAACCAAGCCCCACCGCCUCCGUCGGCACCGGGCUAUGGAAGCAGCGUGAUACCCAGGCGGCCUGUCAACCGCUCUGCCGACAUGCUACUUGGCUCUAACCCGGACUUCCAGUUGUCCGCCCGCGGCAGUCCGCUUAGGCCAGCCGGCACAUCGGUACCAGACAGCGCAUAUUCAAAGGCGACAUAA